AUGAGGUUCUCUGGUGCGUUGGCGUUGUCUUGGGGGGAUCAUUCUGAUCAUCCCGACUCUACCACCACUGCCUGUGAUGCCGCCACCACAGAGCACCUCCAAACCUAUUUUGAACACCACCCUGAACUUGGUGUCCGUGAUGUCUUGGCCAUCCCACAAGUCUACCCCGUCAUAACAGGGGACCCUCCACACGAACUUCGGGGAAGUGCAUUUCCUGCAGUUCCCUUUCUUGGCGAGCGCCACUGGUGUAAGCGCCAAACGGCUACCGAUGCCAAUGCAACGAGCGCCAGAUCAUCAAUGGCACUACAUCAUCUGAACAAGCCUUCAACACUCGAGGACGGAAAGCAUAACCUAUUUUGGAGCUGCUGGUCAAACAGUACCACCGCCACCUUCUUUGAACGCGUACCCGUGUCUCCAAUGUGGAAAACGUUUGAGAUUUCCUGA